CUUGAUGUAGCAGCAAUAUUGCAGGCUUGUAAAAUAUUUUCUCACAUUGUGGCCUUCCUUCCCGGAAGCCUUUCGCCCCCUGCCUCUAGCAAGAGACAUUUUCUCCACACAAAAAGAAAAAGUUAGAUCCAAAAAAAAAAAAAACUAUUGUCUAAAUUUCCUUCUUUCCUCCACCAAAUAACACUAACUACCCUUUUCUUGCAAAAUUUCUCCAAAAUUCCCAGUCCACAGCCAAUUAAUCUCUUUCAAACUCCCAGUUUUGCAUUAUUUCAAUUCAAUAUUGUUAUUGCCAACCCCAUUUAAUCAAGCUAGGCAUUGACAUGCCUGAAAAUGGCACAUAUCUUGAUGAAAAUCUGAGUAUAAUAUUUUCUUGUAUGGUGACAUGCAUGUUGUUUCCAAUUCCUGUGGAGAUCUGCUAAAAGAAUACAAUUAUAUUCAACGUUGGAUGUAUAUGAGUGGCUCAUCAACCUAGACAUUUACGUAUAGCGUACAAAGAUAUAUUUAUUCCAUGAGUUCCAUCACCUUUAAAUUUUGUUUUUAUUCAGUUGAUGAAUUGAGAAGUUGGGCAAAAAGAAUAUUCUAAAAAAUGGCUUAUCAUGCUACUACAAGGGCACAAUCAUCUUCUUCUUCUCAACCGCCCAUCAUUCAAAAACUAACAGAUGAUCCUGUAAACCCUAAGAACGCGCAAAGUAGCGUUACAUGUGUUUAUCAAUCUCAUAUUGGAGGUUAUUGGCGUAACGUGACUGUUAUAUGGAGCAAGAAUCUAAUGAAUCAUUCCGUGACCCUAACGGUCGAUAGCGUUGAAAGUGAUUAUCAUCAAACAUGCAAGAUUGAUCUUAAACCUUGGCAUUUUUGGGCCAAAAAAGGAUACAAAAUUUUUGAGGUUGAUGGAAAUCAAUUGGAAGCAUAUUGGGAUCUAAGAUCAGCAAAAUUUUCUGGAAGUCCAGAACCAUGUUCGGAUUUUUACGUUGCCUUAGUUUCUGAGGAAGAGGUUGUGUUAUUAUUAGGAGAUUACAAGAAAAAAGCCUAUAAGAAAACUAAAUCAAGGCCAGCUCUUGUGGAUGCUUUAUUAUUUUACAAGAAAGAACAUGUUUUUGGUAAGAAAAGUUUCUCAACAAGAGCUAAAUUUGAUCAAAGGAAGCAAGAAAGUGAUAUUGUUGUAGAAAGUUCAACUUCAGGGCCUAGAGAUCCUGAAAUGUGGAUAAGCAUAGAUGGAAUUGUUUUGAUUCACAUAAAAAACUUGCAGUGGAAAUUCAGGGGAAACGAAACGGUAUUAGUAAACAAACAACCCGUGCAAGUCUUUUGGGACGUGCACGCUUGGUUGUUUUGUUCACCAGGGUCAGGUCAUGGCCUGUUUAUUUUCAAGCCAGGGGCGUCUGAGGACGACAGUGACAGGGAAGAGAGUAGUGUGGGUGGUGGCAGCGAUUGCAGUGAUCAUAGCAAGUAUUAUUCAACGUUAAGCUAUUCUAAAGCUUCACCAUUUUGCCUCUUCUUAUAUGCAUGGAAAAUUGAGUGAGGACUAAGAAUUGCUAAAGUGGUAUAAACUGUAAAAAUUUAAGAGCUUCCAGUUCCAAAGAAAUAGUAACUGGACAAGUGAAUGAAUUGUGGAGAUCAGCAGAGUAAGUUUUUGGGGUGUUUUUUACUCCAAAUUAAUUUAUGUGAAAAUGUUGUAUUCUAUAUAACUCUAUUCUUUUUUCACCUCGGCGGAUGCAGGAGAGAAGGGACACACUCUCAUAUAUGUAUAUUUGGACAAAUUUAAGAGAUUUAUAUUUAUGUUUUGCCCGCACCAAUUUGUUAUUGAGAAACUAAUGAGUUUAGUGGUAUUUCGCAUUCACUAGAUUAAAAUCUUAUGAGCUGUGCUUUUCACUUCUUCAUCUUGAUGCUUGACCCAAAUUUUCUCUCUUUUUGAAGUUAUAAUUAAUUGAGUAGUUAAACAGAUGUAAAAGGUAAACAUGAGGAAAACAGUUUCUCAUGAGUAGUUGUAGAAUUCAUUGUUUAGCAUUUUAAUUGAGUGAAUCAUCAGUAAGGUUCCAUGUUCUAAACGAAUAUAUGUAACACAAGAUUAAAUUGCCAUAACAUACAUUUUCUUUUUGCGAUGCCUUUGUUGGUGCAAGGUUAGCGAACUAAAUUAAAGUUUAGUGAAAUCUGAAAAUAGUCAUAUCUGAUAAAUAUCUGAUGCAAAAUAAUGAGAAGAAGAUGGCUGUGUUAGCUUUGCAAUACAAUGAGAAGAAAAAAAAAAUAACGCAGACAGAUGCAGAAGGUGGAAGACAAUGAACGGAAAAGGUAGCAAGGAAAAUGUUAUACUCCUUCACAUAAUAAUCUCAUAGCAAUUUUAUGAUGGAAAUAAUGCAUGAACGGACGAGAUUAUUUCACUAUUGAUACCAUAUAGAUCAUUGUAAUUCCUACCAUGUGUAUCUCAAAAACAAAUAAUCUCAUGAAGAUUAAACUGAGAAGCA